GCCUGCCGCCUAUCUUCACACACAACACUCUUCACAUUCAAAUUCUUUAAAUUUUCACUUGAAUUUUUGUGAAAGUGGAAGCGCAUGAAACUCUGAAAUAUGUAGAAUCGGGCUUGACGCCCCUUUACCACGUGUGUUUACACUAAACGCGUCUGUUUUGCCGGUUUUGUUGCAAGUGAUUAUCUAACCUCAAAUUUUCAAAAUUCAAAAACCAUGUCGACGAUUCAAGCCAUUAAGCAACUGGAAGAACGAAAUGUGGCUAGCGAGAUAACUCUAAUGGUAUGGAGUGAUCGCAUGGACCUUGUGGCUUUGGCCAACGUUAAAGGAGAGGUCGCUCUACACCGUCUUACGUGGACAAAAGCGUGGAGUCUUGCCCCCCCGAAAGACGGUUUAACUGUCAAGGGGAUUGUGUGGAGGCCUGAUGGCAAAAUAAUAGCAAUUGCAUAUAGUUCAGGACAAGUUAUCCUUGUUAAAGUCGAAAAUAAGAACAUUCUUUAUUCAAUUGAGAUAAAAGGCGACAUUUCAUGUCUCAGUUGGAUGCAAGACAGGAUUAGUUUAAAGGGAAAGAGUUCUUUAACAAACGAGGAAAGUAAGCAAAAUCAGUACAUGAAGUAUAUAGAUUUAUCCUCUAGUUUCAUUCCGGAACCAUUUUUACAACAAUUUGAUACUUCCAACUCCGACGAAAACCAAAAAACUAACAUACUACAGGAACAAAAUGAUCUCAAUUUGUUGUUAAUAGGGACGAGCGAAGGCACUGUUUAUAUUCAUAUUUUCGGGUGUUUUCUCUGUGCCACUCUUAACCUAAACACACAUUUAAACACAUCUUGUUCCGUUGAUAGCAUACACUUAACUGAUGGUUUAGACCAGAUGGUAAUCUCCGUUCGAGAUUCAAACAACACCGUCAAACUCCUCUGUUUUAAUUCAAGCAUUUUUUCGACGCACACCAACGAACUGUACGCCGUUGCCCUCAAACAUAUAAAAUUAACUUCCUUGUUAAAUUAUCUCUACAACACGAUGACGACUAUUACGGAAUCGUGGGAAAGCAUCUUGUUAGAAAUGGACAACAAACUGUCAAAUUACGCCAGUAAGGUCCCCGAGGGCGGAGUCACCGCGGAUUUUCUCGACUUGUUGAUGUUCGGAAUCUGCUCGGACGAAAUGAAGGCGUUUUUGAUACACGAUUUAACGAAAAAGGGGCUGGAAAAGUUCGGCCAGACCAUAGAGAUGAGUUACAGUAACAUCCAGAAGCUGAUGCUGAAGUACGUGAUGAAGUUCGGACAAAACAUCACCUAUCAUUUGGCGGAACUGAGGGGGAUGGCCCGGUUGGAGCACCGCUACAAGAUUUUGGGCCUCGACGAGGACGCCAUAACGUCGGCCAUCUUGUCCAACGGCGCCUUCUUGAUAAAGGGGGGCGAAAUGCAGCAAAUAAUCAACCACUCCAUCAUCAACUACAAGGCCUUUUUCCGGUGGCUGUACACCGCUAUAGUCCACGUGUUGGAAGAGCAAGUACCCAACGAAAUCCCCCAGAUGACCCAGCAAGACCUGGCGUAUAUUGCCGAAUUUUUGCAAAAUUUUGACCACAUCGGCAAGAAUUCCAACCAGAAGGGGUUCAUAAUGGAGCGAUUGGGGCAAUAUUUGCUGGACGCCCCCUUGACGAUCAAACCCGACAUGACCGGGAACGAGUGGAGCGCCUUCAUCAAGCAGAACCAAUGCCUGACCAAAAACGACAGUAUUUUGCGACACUUCGAAGAGAUGUCGCUGAUUCAACAGUACAAACAUUUGAAUGACGGCGUUGGCGAGAUUUUCGUCAAGCCGAAGGAGGCGAUUGGUCGCCAGUUCGCGCUCCAGGCCACCUUCGACUGUUUCCAAUAUGGCGGCGGGGCGUUCAAGGUCACUCAAGUCAAUCUGAGCAAAGACGCGAUUGUGUUUGCCUUCUUGCAGCCACCAGAGAGGGUUCUUUUGACGCAGCUGUACCUUGUGGAAGGGAGUUGUUUUGUGAAGUGUGCUAGAAUGCACUUCACUCAAGACAAUUCCAGCGACGAUUUCCACGUUCUGGAUAUUCAGUUGUAUUCCAGUACAGUGUUGUCGGUUUUGUUGCAAGACAGUGUUGCCAAAGCGACGAUGUUAUCGCAGGUGGCGUUGAGUCGAGCGCUCGAGAAGUUCAGCGAAGUGGGGGAAGCAGGCGGGGCUGUGUUUGGCAACGUCGUCGAUAUCAACGGCUCGGUAUUGGCGCCUAGGUUGUUCAAGAGCGUGGAGGGGAUGGCAGGGGCGGAGUUCGCCGUAUCGGGCAGUCGCAAAGUGGGGAUCCUCCUAGCGGAGAACCGACGCAAAGUGCGCUUAUACGAAAUGGAGGGGGAAGAAGAGGAGGAUGAGGAUGCAGAAAUGACCAAUAGCACGAUAAGGGACGGGGAACUGAGCAUCCAAGAGAUGAACGUCACCGUAAAUUAAUUUAUUUCUUUGUUAUUUAGUUAAAUACAUGAGAUUCUUUAUA